CUUGUGAUGACAGUGACAUACACAUACCGUGUAGCUGAUGCACGCCUGGGCACCUUCUCACAGCUCCUGCUCCGAUGGAAAGGGAGCAUCUACAAACUCCUCUAUUGCGAGUUCUUAAUCUUCAUCUCUUUCUACUUCGGCAUCAGCCUCAUCUACAGGCUGGUUCUGAAUGAGAGCCAAAGGCUGAUGUUUGAGAAAUUGGCUAUGUAUUGCAAUAGCUAUGCCGAACUGAUCCCGGUGUCCUUUGUACUAGGUUUUUAUGUCACCUUAGUGGUGUCUCGAUGGUGGGGACAGUAUGAGAGCAUCCCAUGGCCUGACCGCAUUAUGAACCUGGUCUCAAGUAGCGUGGAUGGGAAGGACGAGUACGGCCGCCUCCUUCGGCGCACACUCAUGCGCUACAUCAAUCUGCUGGGUGUGCUGAUCUUGCGCUCGGUCAGCACUGCUGUCUUCAAGCGAUUUCCCAGCAUCGAACAUAUUGUGACAGCAGGCCUGAUGACUCCAGAAGAACACAAGAAGUUUGACAGUUUAAAUUCACCCCAUAACAAGUUCUGGAUCCCCUGUGUGUGGUUCUCGAACCUGGCAGUGAAGGCACGUAAUGAUGGAAGGAUCCGUGACAGUGUGCUCCUGCAAGGCAUCUUGAAUGAAAUGAACACUUUGCGCAGUCAGUGUGGGAGACUCUAUGGGUAUGAUUGGAUCAGCAUUCCAUUGGUCUACACACAGGUGGUCACAGUGGCUGUUUACAGCUUUUUCCUGGCUUGUUUAAUUGGUCGACAGUUCCUGGACCCUGCAAAGGAGUAUCCUGGCCACGAGAUGGAUCUCUUUGUGCCCAUCUUCACCUUCCUGCAGUUUUUCUUCUAUGCUGGCUGGCUAAAGGUAGCUGAACAGCUCAUUAAUCCAUUUGGGGAGGAUGACGACGACUUUGAAACCAACUGGCUCAUUGAUAGGAAUCUCCAGGUCUCCCUUAUGGCAGUGGAUGAAAUGCACCAGGACCUGCCCACUCUGCAGAAGGACCCAUAUUGGAACGAACCAGACCCACAGCCACCCUACACAGCAGCAACUGCGGAUUAUAAGCGGACAUCUUUCCUGGGCUCGACCUUUGACAUCAGCAUGCAGAAAGAAGAGAUGGAAUUCCAACCCCUGGAACAGAUUAAAGAGAACGAGGAAGCAAACCACUCCACCCCAUUGCUGGGCCACAUCAGCCGCUUCCUGAACGUCCAGUCCCCCACCUUCCCCAGGUCGUCCAGAAUGAACCUGAUGCGCCGGAGGAAUGACAGUGUGCCUUCUUCCCCUUAUUACGCAUACCCAGAUGUGGGCAAACCCGGCAGCCCAACCAGUAUCAACCAGCAAAGGGGAGACUGCUCCCCGGCAAGCUUCAGCUCCCAGGACCAAUGGGACAAGGCGGCCAGCAAGCUGAGAGAAUUUGACGCCUUCAUGUCCACUCCGUUCUACGAGAGGCCUGGCUUCUACAGCGCCCCACAGACACCCAUCAGCUCCAUCCCCAUGAUCUUCCCAUCCAGACGUCAAGGCCGCAAGAAGCCGCCUGCUCUCUCCAGCAUCGCCGCCUGCUCCUCUUCUUUGAGGGACAACUCCACCAGCCAAUCCCCUGGCAGAGCCAGCGACAUGGACAGAAGUGAGAACUCUCUUGGAUCGGGAACUAGAGAAACUUUUGUUUGGCCAACGGAGAAAGGCCAGGCUGCAGACUCCUUGGCAGUGACCAUUGAAGAGGUGGCAAAAAACUUGACCAAUGGAUCGAAGGAGAUUGCCCCUUUGGGAAGCCCAGGAGGGCCUCUGUCCUCAGCGAGCUCGGCAAGUCCCAAGUUUCCUUUCUUUGCGGAGUCCCCAGAUCCUGAGAUGCAGGCGAACGUCAAGGGUCUGAAAGGCCACCGGCAGCCCUGGUUUACACCAGACCGCUCAGCAACUCCAAACCCAGACUACCCCACCUACCUCCACUCCUAUGGUAUCAAGACCCCUAGCAGCAAUGGCCCUCCCACCUGCUUUCCCUUCACGCCCUUGACAUCCCCAGUGCUUGAGAGAUCCCGUCUGGGCAAAGCAAACGCUGCUGUUGGCUCUGCCUCGGAGGCUUCUCCUGGAGGCAUGGAGCAGGAUUCGCCAACAGUGCCGGGGGCUGCCAGAGAUGCAGGAAGUGGAGUCACCAACACUUAUCAUACCAAGGAUCAGAGAAAGGCAGCCAGCUCUUCUCCCAAUGACUCGGGCAUCUCCCUAGCAGAAGGAGACUUUGUCGGGUUAAUGGAAGUGAUCAUGGAAACCAGCGAGAGCACAGCUGAUGAAGGGAAGGAGGCAGAGAUAACUAAAUGAAAUGGGCUCACAGAUGCAUUUCAUCUAGGAUGGCAUGGUUUUUUAAAAAAUGAAGCUUCAUGGGUGCGCAGCCUCUUAAGAGACACCAGAAUCACAUACAAUGAGCUACAGAAGAGCUGAGAAGGUACAAACAUUGGGUUGAACAGAUCACACCAUAGAUAAUGCAUAGGCUUUUGCUUACAUGCUGGUUAAGAGUCAUUCAGGGCACUUGAGCACCACACGAUUAUGAAACCAGUUCUCAUUCCAGCAAGCCAAGGAGAGUGUGGGAGUCCCAGAAAUAUCCCAGUUGCUCCCAAAGCACAAUCCCAUCCUUGAGCGGAGGAUCAACAAGCAUCAGAAAGCAGUACUAAUUGGUCAGUCCCACCAUUGCAAGGAAGAGGCCCACCCAAUGUUCUGAGACAAUAUAGUGAUAUAAUCUUUUUGAGAAUGAGAGUGAAGUUUGCUUCCACUUCUAACACUGCAGAAAAAAAGGUGUCAGGUCUCAAAAAUUUGGGGAGCGUACACACAACAGCACUUAUGGAUAGAAAGAUUAAGGCUGUGGUUAAAAACCACUUGCUUGAUAAGCAUAAAGAGUUUUUUGCUGGCUGUCUAAGUCAACUGUAGGACAGAUAAUGAAGAAGCAGUUUUGCUGAGUGGCCAUAGCAUACAGAGCACCGUCAUUUGCGCUAUAUCCCUUUACUAAACACACAUUAGCAAUAGACAGCAUCACAGCUUUUAUUUGCCUACAAUCUAUUUCUAAAAAGCAGGUGACAAGUCAACUGAAGAAAAAGUUUCAGUUCCUUGUAGCUUUUAAUAGCACGAACAGAAAGCACAGCUAGACAAUGCCCCUGUUAAAUUACAGAGAGUUGGAUGUUUUGAUCUGGCUAUGUUUUAACACAGGAUCUUGAGCCAUUUACAGGUACAAUAAACGGCUCCUGUCAGGAUACAGCAAUUGCUGUAGCAACAUUCACGGGGGCAGGAAGAGAAUCGCUUACAAUUUUGGGUGUCAGCAUUUGCAGAAUAUCAUGCUCACUAAACUGGAAACCUUCAAAAACACCUACACUUCUUAGGGUAUCAAAUGAGAACCACCUCCACUUUUUAUUUUCUGCUACUGCUCUGCCAUUUUGGCCUAGCACACCACAAAGCACAGGAAACCCAUUUGGGGCCAUUGUUGAAAGUUCCAAAGAAGAAAUCCCUUCAUUGGAUCUAAUCCAUUGAUUUUGGCAUCCGUCUGUCUCGGUAGACGGUAGGAGAGUACGCCUUCGAGGGUGAAGUCAAAUGGUUGGAGUUGUAACACCUGCUGUGGUUGCAGAGACUGAUAAUGGAAGGGACAUGUUUUGUUGCAGCUGGGGCAGAUGAAGGCAUCCGGUUUAGUUACUUACAGGUGCACCAUGGGGUUUCUUUCUGCACUUCUCCCAGCAGUCAUUCAUCCUCUCGUAGACACACAAUCUAAUCCAGAUAGGGAAACUGUGGUUUUCCAGAUUAAGAGUCUCAUGCUGUACCGACUGCUCAUGAGUCACAGCCAAGAUGGCCAGUGGUCAGACAUGACUGCAGCCCAACAUCUGGAGGGCCCCAGGUUCCUCAUCCCUGAUUUAAUCUGUUCUCUAAGGAAGAUUAACCUUUUUUCCAGUUUACAGGAGGAAUUAAGAUGGGUCAGAAACAUACCAACUGUAAAAGCAGUUAUUAGUAAAGCAACAGACUUCCAAA